AUGACUUUCGCCAAGCCGACGCAUCUCUACACUCGUUUGAGGGAAACCAUCCCAACAGUCCUGCCAUGGAGUCAGGGCAGCGCCUCGGAGAAGGGAGACCCGAGGAAAAGCGUCAAGUGGAUUGAUGGUCUUCGAGGAAUCGCUUCCUUUCUAGUCGUUCUCACCCACCUAGCCCGUGCUUGGGACUACGACCUCUUUGCACCCCGAGACAACGAAGACGCAACUCCACGAGUCCUACAAUGGCCCAUUCUUCGCAUCCCCUGGCAGGGUCGUGUCGGGGUCACUAUAUUUGCAUUUCUGACGGGCUACGUCUGCGCUCUGAAACCUAUCAAGCAAUCUCGAGGCGGCGAUACAGCAGCUUCAUUCACGACCGUCGCUAAGAGCGCGUUUCGCAGGCCACCGCGGUUGAUAUUCCCUGCCACUAUUGCUAUGAUUAUAUCGUGGGUUAUUGCGCAAUUCGGUGGCUUCAUCGUCGCAAAUAGAUCUGAUUGCUGGUGGUGUCGAUAUGCCGCUCCGGAACUGGAAGAUUCUCUCUGGAAAGAGAUUAUUCGUUUAGGACAGAAUUUCAUGUCAACCUGGACGACUGGGUAUAUGGUGUACGAUGAUCACCAAUGGGCUCUUCUGCCUCUCCUGAAAGCAUCCAUGUUGGUGUAUAUUCUUCUCGUUGCCACGAUGUUUAUGAAAUUCCGGUAUCGGAUGGUUGUUUACAUUGGUAUGAUGUUAUACUUUCACCAGGAUGCUGCGAAGAACACAGAAACUUUCCAAAUCCAAGCCAUCUACGGCAUGCUCCUCAGCGACCUAUCGCACAGCAUAACUCUCAAAAAUUGGAUCGAGAACCACCCGUACGGACGCAAAAUGAUUACCGCGCCUCUUGCAAUCUUCGGCCUCUUGAUAGCCUCCUACCCAGGCGACCAUCCCGAAUGGUCGGGCUGGUCGAACACCAUGUUCGACAUAGCACAAUAUAUCUUCCCUCCCGAAGUCAAUGUUGGCAAACGUUAUACCGCAAUCGGAAUCGACAUGAUCAUCCUAGCAAUAUAUUUCUCUCCGUCGACAAAACAUUUCCUCGCAAACCGACUUUUGCUCUGGUUGGGUAAGCAGAGUUUUGCUGUGUACUUAGUUCACGGCACCAUGCUGCGCGUCAUUCUUGUUUGGAUGUUGUAUGGAAUUACGGGUCAGCCUUGGGAGGGGGCUGAGGCGGAUACUGAUGAUGUGAGGGACUGGCUCCCGAUUCGACCGCCGUGGGUUGUGGCUAUUAGUAUCCCUAUUUGGAUUGGGAUGGUUUAUGCUGUUGCGGCGGCUUGGACUGCAUAUGUAGAUCCGUUAUGUGCUCGGAUGACCCAGAAGUUGGAGAAGGCUGUUUUUGUGGAUGAUGAGCAAGCAGGUUUACCGCUGCCUGCUGUCUCUAUUCCUAUGCAGACUUCGUGA